AUGUUUCAGAAAAAUACUCAACAUGAAAAGUCUUCUGAAGAAAAUGAAGGAAAACCACAGAAUAUGCUAAAGGCUGAGGCAGACUGCCCUUUGGAAGAUGUACCACAGGAGGCAGAAGGAAAUCCUCAACUUUCCAAAGAAGGAGUAAACCAGGAAGCAGAGGAAAUCUUAGAAGACUGACCUGACCUGACUGGGUUUAAAGAGCACACUCCCAUAAGGCAUUUGGACCUUGAAAUGAUAAAAGGAGCAGAAGAGUUGGAAAGGCUUAGGGGAGAGAUAAAAAGAGUAAGAAACAAGUUUGUGAUGAUACACUGGAAGCAAAGACAUUCCUGCAGUCAUCUCUAUCCUGUGUGCUUUAGGCUUUGA